CUCUGAGCCAACUUCCGGCCAGUGACGCACUUCCGCUCCGCUGGGUGCGCGCGGUGGAUUGUUUGAAACACAGAGCUCGACUUUCCCUGGGCUUCCGCGGCUCCCGAGCCCAGCAUGGCUUCCUCACGAACUUCCUCCACGCAGGCAACCAAAACUAAGGCACCGGAUGAUUUGGGGGCUGCUGUUGUGAAGAAACCACACAUCUAUUAUGGAAGUUUGGAGGAGAAGGAGAGGGAGCGUCUGGCCAAAGGAGAGUCUGGGAUUUUGGGAAAAGAAGGACUGAAAGCAGGAAUUGAAGCAGGGAAUAUUAACAUAACCUCUGGGGAAGUGUUUGAAAUUGAAGAGCACAUCAGUGAGCGACAGGCUGAAGUACUAGCUGAGUUUGAGAGAAGGAAGCGAGCCCGGCAAAUCAACGUUUCCACAGACGACUCAGAGGUCAAGGCUUGCCUGAGAGCCUUGGGGGAGCCCAUCACACUUUUUGGAGAGGGUCCUGCUGAAAGAAGAGAAAGGUUAAGAAACAUCCUCUCAGUGGUCGGCACUGAUGCCUUAAAAAAGACCAAGAAAGAUGAUGAGAAAUCUAAGAAGUCCAAAGAAGAGUAUCACCAGACAUGGUACCAUGAAGGACCAAACAGCCUGAAAGUGGCUAGACUGUGGAUUGCCAAUUACUCACUGCCCAGGGCAAUGAAACGCUUGGAGGAGGCCCGUCUGCAUAAAGAGAUCCCUGAGACAACCAGGACCUCCCAGAUGCAGGAGCUGCACAAGUCUCUCCGGUCUCUGAAUAAUUUCUGCAGUCAGAUCGGGGAUGAUCGGCCUAUCUCCUACUGUCACUUCAGUCCCAAUUCCAAAAUGCUGGCCACAGCCUGUUGGAGUGGGCUUUGCAAGCUCUGGUCCGUGCCCGAUUGCAACCUCCUCCACACUCUUCGAGGCCAUAACACAAACGUAGGAGCAAUUGUAUUCCAUCCAAAAUCCACUGUCUCCUUGGACCAGAAAGAUGUCAAUCUGGCCUCUUGUGCUGCCGAUGGUUCUGUGAAACUUUGGAGCCUCGACAGUGAUGAACCAGUGGCAGAUAUUGAGGGCCAUACAGUGCGUGUGGCCCGUGUAAUGUGGCAUCCAUCAGGACGUUUCUUGGGUACCACCUGCUAUGACCGCUCGUGGCGCCUGUGGGACUUGGAGGCUCAAGAGGAGAUCCUGCACCAGGAGGGCCACAGCAUGGGCGUGUACGACAUCGCCUUCCAUCAAGACGGCUCUUUGGCUGGCACCGGGGGCCUGGAUGCAUUUGGUCGUGUUUGGGACCUGCGCACAGGACGCUGCAUCAUGUUCCUAGAAGGGCAUCUGAAGGAAAUCUAUGGAAUAAAUUUCUCCCCCAAUGGCUACCACAUUGCAACCGGCAGUGGGGACAACACCUGCAAAGUGUGGGACCUUCGACAGCGGCGUUGCAUCUACACCAUCCCUGCCCAUCAUAACUUAGUGACCGGUGUCAAGUUUGAACCUAUCCAUGGGAAUUUCUUGCUCACUGGUGCCUAUGAUAACACAGCCAAGAUCUGGACCCACCCAGGCUGGUCCCCGCUGAAGACUCUGGCCGGCCAUGAAGGCAAAGUGAUGGGUCUCGACAUCUCUUCGGACGGGCAGCUGAUAGCCACUUGCUCAUAUGACAGGACCUUCAAGCUCUGGAUGGCCGAGUAGGCACGGGCAUAGAACAAGGACUGAAACCUCAGGCUCUCCCUUAAGAGCCAUUUUCAAAGGAAAGAAUGGGUGUGUUUUGUUUUAUCAUGUCUGUUGUCAAUUACCAUGUAUAGACCCUCGGUAGACUGGAUUCCCGACUCCAGGCAGGCAGCCCAGUUCCUGGGUGUCGGUGAGCCCCUUUCAUGGUUGAAUUGUAAUUUUGUCUUCAAGCCCCGCCAGUAACUAUGUAGACAAUUGUUUUUAUUAAUCUUUUGUUUGAACGCCCUGUUGCCAUCCUCACAUCUCAGGAUUGUGGCUGGGCUCCAUUUUUAGUUCUUGAAACUUGGCUUUCCAUUACAUGGUACAUGCUUCAGCACUGCACGUGACCCAGGGAGCCAGGUGGCUGGACUGCAGUGGGGAAGCCCUCAAGCAGAGAGGCACAGCUCACCGCACACUGGUGAAAUAUUGCCUGACAGAGGGAGAACCUGUCCUCUGCCCUGAGAACGGGCAGUGAAGAGGGGGACCCACAGCCAUGCUCAGGUUACUCAGUGAAGAAGACUUUCCCUCUUCCCGUUGGCUUCACUUGGAAUGCGUACGGGAACGUGCGUUGGGAGCACCGGGAAGCGCGGAACUGAACAUUUGCCUUGUCGGAAAAUGUCUUCCUUUUUUUUGAAGUUUGGCAUCCUUUGUAUUACCCCAAAGCUAGGCCAUUGUGUCAAGAUUCAAUGAAAUUUUCAGAAAGCUAAUGUGAUGUCUCUAUUGUGUAACCUUCUUGCUGUUCGUUAUUUAAAGGAUAUACCCCUUCAUGUUGAGGUGACUCCAGAAAAAAAUCUCUAAAGAUUAUUCCUAAACAUGACCUUUUCCCUUUUUUUACAAAAAAAAAAUUUAUUACAUACUUGGUACAGAGUAAAAUCCUAUU